CUUCCGAUGUCUGACAACUGCUAUAUUCUUGAUUUCUUUGCAUUAUCUCCCCCAUGGAUUUUCCCUUCGGAAAGAACAAGAAAUCCACAUCUCAUAACAUCAGUAGCAACCUAAUCCUACCACUGUCCGUUACGGUCGCCUUCCUCACCGUAUUCACCGUUUACUAUUCCUUCAGCAGAACCCUAGAUGCUGGUCUCGAUCUUUACUCACCCAACCCCGAUCGAAUCAGACCAAAUCUGAAUGGAAGCGUCAAAGCCGCGGAGAUAAUCGACCGGUGCGAUAUUUUUACUGGAGAUUGGGUUCCGAACCAGGCUGCUCCUUACUACACUAAUGGCACUUGCUGGAGCAUUCCGGAAUAUCAGGAUUGCUUGAAGUUCGGGCGGCCCGAUAAUGGAUACUUGAAGUGGCGGUGGAAGCCCGAUGGGUGCGACCUUCCCGUUUUUGACCCGUAUUACUUCUUGGAACUUGUUAGGGGCAAAGCUUUGGCCUUUGUAGGUGAUUCUCUCGCGAGAAAUCAUAUGCAAUCACUGGUCUGCCUCUUGUCAAAGGUUACCAUUCCUUUGGACAUUUCAGACACAGCAGAUACCAACCGGAAACGCUUUAUGUACAGGGAAUACAACUUCAACAUCACCAUGUUUUGGUCACCUUAUUUGGUCAAGACAGGAGAAUUAUUUUCUGAAGUUAACUCAAACCCCUUCAAUCUUUACCUUGAUGAAAUUGACGAAUCUUGGACUACAAAAAUUAAAGAUUUCGACUAUGUCAUAAUCAAUGCUGGCCACUGGUUUUUCAGACCAACUAUUUUUUUCCUGGAGGGGAAACUCAUAGGUUGCCUUUACUGCCAGGAUCCAAAUGUGACACACUUGACAAGCGCUUUCAGCUACAGGUGGGCUUUAAAGACUGCAUUUCGGGCUGUCAAUAGCCUCGAAAAUAAUUUCAAGGGUGUGGCAUUUCUGAGAACCUUUGCACCUCAACACUUUGAGAAUGGGCCUUGGGAUCAAGGUGGUGAUUGUGCGAGGAAAGAGCCGUUCAAGAGGAGCGACUCAGCUGCUCUCAGUGAGUUCAGGUUUGAUUCAUAUGAUAUUCAAAGAGAGGAGUUUAGGAUUGCAGAAGAGGAAGGGAGAAAAAAGGGGGUUCGGUUAAGACUGUUCGAUGUAACUCAAGCGAUGUUGUUGAGACCGGAUGGACAUCCUAACAAGUAUGGGCACCGGCCCGAGCCAAACAGAACGUAUCACAAUGACUGUGUGCAUUGGUGUUUGCCGGGACCAAUUGAUGCCUGGAGUGAUUUCUUUAUGGAGUUGCUGAAGAGGGAGGACCAAGAUAGAUCAUCAAGAUGACUUCUGGCGUGUUACGGUGUCAUACAUGUCCCAAAUGUAGGACAUGUUCUGGUUUCUCAAUCUAUAGUGGGGGUUCUACUAUAGGAGUGUUUGGCAAAUGAUCGUUGACAGUUGGCUGUUUGUUUGAUAUCAGCAGAUUCUGUUGACAGUUUUGAUUAGCUGAUAGUAUUAGCAGUUUGUAAAGUUGUGUUUGCUUAAAUGGACGUUUGCAAUCAGCUGAUAACUGACAUUUAUCAAUUAAUUUUUUAUUAAUGUUAGUAGUACAACUAUU